CGGGAGGAAGACUAAAGAAAAAAAAAUCAAGGAGACGACGGAAAGGAGGUGAAGACGAGUACUCGAUUCUUUCCUCGAUCGCUAGAAAAAGUGGAAGCCAAACGAAGAAAGCUGAUAGAGAGAGAGUAGACUAGCAGUAGUAGUUUAUAGUGGCAAUAAUGGUUUGGCAGGCAUUGGGAAUCCCGGCGCCAGUGUUUCCAUCCCCAGCGCUGAAUUCCGAGAGAUCUCGUCUGCCCUCUCGUCCUCGUCGGGCCGUCACGGCAGCGGCUCGGCUCUCACUAGUUCGCUAGUGGUGUGCGCCAAGUUGUGGAACUGGCCUUUUGCCCGCCCGCCCCCUUCCUUUUUUGAGCGCAUAUAAGCGAGCAGCGUUUCGCCUUUGGGAUCGGCGGGGCCGCCGCUUUUUGGUUGCGCUCUCCCCUCCUCUCCUCUCCCCUGUACCCUGCCUUUCCAUUGGAGCGCCCAAAGCCGGACGGCACCACCAUUUAAAGGAGGCCAAGCGCGCACACGGCGGAGGAGAAGAGACCAACACCUCACACUCCAUUCACGCCAGGGAUCGAUCGCGCCGCUAUAGCUGCUGCACCUGCACGCUUUGCCUCUUCUUCGUUCUCUGCCGCUGCGCUAGCUAGCUGCGGCUCCGAGCCUCCGACGCAGGAAGUCUAAUGUGGAAGUCUCUCAGAACUGAGUACUUUUGUUAGAACAAAGAUUUGUUCAGUCAAGCUUUGCAAAUUAUCAUCAUAGUUUGGAUGAUAUCCAUGGUUACUUUAAUGAGUUUAUGGAGCCCUGGUUGCGGAGCUUAUCUGGGUUCUCUGACAAUGGAACUGUAAUAUUUGCAAAAGAACCUUUCUUGUAUUGGAAGAAAGUUUCAAGAGGGGUUGACAACUUAUAAGUGUAAGCUUGAUGACGUGUUCAUGAGGGCAAAGUGGGAGAGCAAAAUUUCUUCGCAUGCAGAUGUCAACAGGUUCUAACCACUAUGGUGUAUUUCCACAUCCAUUCUGCAACCAACAUGUUGUUUCGUUUCAGACGAGUUCAAUUACUAGUGGGUCAGGAGCCAUACCAGUUUGUCUAGACACCUCCAGUGGAAUGAAUGGCGACAUGGCAAUGUUGAACACUACAUCUUCAACAAUUGUAUCCACUGGUUCACCAAACAUGGUUGCUGAUUCUUCUUGCCAGAACCUCAAGUAUAGUGCACCCUUGGCUGUGGAGUGGUCCUAUCCAGAGCUGCAAUUGUUGAACGAUGGCCUCAACAAGUAUGCAAAUGAACCAGGAAUCAUGAAGUACAUAAAGAUAGCAGCCACGUUACCAGACAAGACAGUUAGAGAUGUUGCCAUGAGAUGUCAAUGGAUGGCAGCGAGAAAAGAAGCUACAAGACGACGGAAACCUGAAGAACGCUAUCUUGGGAAAAAGAUAAAAGAUAGGAAGGACAAAAUGGCUCAGCCAUCAUCAUGGGGUACCAAUCCUCCUGUUCAGGCUGAGAUGAGAUCUUCCUCUUUUAUGCCUCGUAACGCCAAACACAAUGGAUUUCUCUCUGGAGACUCUCAAAUUGAUCAUGAAAUGCUAAAUAUAUUGGAAGAAAAUGCUCGACUACUCAAUCAAAUAGAAGUAAAUAUUUUAACAUCUCAGGCUCAUAACAACAUUAAUCUUUUCCAUCACAUAAGAAGGAAUAUUAAUGGUCUUCUACAAAGCAUGUGCCAGAUUCCCGGAAUAAUGAGCAAGAUGCCCCCAUUGCCUGUUUCUGUGGAUGAAAGGCUAGCUAGCUACAUACUCCCUCGUGCUCAUACGGUUGCGUUCUUGAUUAAAGAUAAUAUCCAACGCUUCAACUUCAAUGAUGAAACCGGAUCCGACACCAGUGAUCGUGCUAUCUCAUAUCUUUCUAGGAUCUUAGAACCGGGUACCGAUACAUCAAAUAAUGAUAUCAGAAAUCUAAUUUUUGGGUAUUCAGAUUCAGCUAUGGUCGGAUAUAAAUGUUCGAAUUCAGAUACAAAUUAUCCAUAUAUCGUUUGAUUGGUUACCUGUACUAUCCCGUUCUGAACCACCACAUGUAUUAACUUUUAUUGAGCGUCUGUUUAGUUGGCUACACCGGCUUCAUGAUCAGAUGCAAAAUAAACUAUUUUAAGAACAUUUGUCUACGUCUACGUAUACGCUAAACAUAGCCGUAUUCGACCAGUCUAACUCGCACUAGCUUGGGUACGCGCAAGCGGAUAAUGUUUUCACUUUUCACCCUUUCGGAAUGUACUGAUAUCCAGAUAUAUCUGUGCUUUCGUGGUGCAAAUUGACUUUUUCAUAGUUUUUCCUUUAAAACUUGUUUUUUUUUCUUCUCUUUUCAUUGCUUGCCGGCCAGUCGCGUUGUAAGUUAAUUUUGUUUUUUCUUCUCAAUAAAAAUCGUGGCAAAAACUCUCAUCAUCCUUUUAGAGAGAGAGAGAAAAUAGAAUACAACUAAAUUUGGGCGCAAUAUAAUGGGGGAUAAAACCACUUGGCUGCUGAUGCUUUUUCAAGCUUUGCUUCAUCCAGCUCUCUCCCUAUAUAUGUUACGUGCGCAGAUGAUGUAGCUAGGUAGUGACCACAUUUCGUGUACUCUCUCUUCGUUCUAAAUUACAAGACGUUUUGCCUUUUUUAAAUAUAUAAUUUUUGUUAUGCACUUAGAUAUACAUUAUAUAUAGAUAUAUACGAAAAUCAAACGUCUUAUAGUCUGGAACAAAGAAAGAAUUUGGUUAAGAGGAUAAGUGUCUACAUUUCCUAGUGUUGGACAUGUCAUCCUCGUUUCGAUCUCCAACGAUUUCUUCGGGCACGCUUCUCCCUCCUGUUAAUGGUUCUUCCAGAAGAAGCACUGACGACAGGCGAUGUGAUGUUGUGACUUGUGAGGACAUCGAUCAGGCUGCUGCCGGCGGCGACCACCUCGCGGAGGCGGAGCGCCUGAGUCGCCUCACGCCCUCACCGUAGCUCGACUUGACGACGGAGACGCUCCGGUUCGCCACAGUAUCACCUAGCUGCAUGCAUGCAUUUAUCCAAGAGCAGUUUCAGCGUCAAAUCAUAUCAUCAAACACACCCACAAACUUAACUAUUUCAUUGUGCUUGAGCUUUCCAAGUUUGACCAUGACCAUGACUGAUUCCCUACACUCGAAGUUACGCUACAACUUCAGUUUAUUGGUAAAUACUAGUCAAAUGUCAAGAACCAGGAGAAAUUGUGUAGACCUUGUUCAGUUACAAUGGAUAAAAUCAUACCAUAGAUUUAAGGAACAAUUGGAUCUAUACCAUUAAAAGAUCCAAACUUUAGAUAUAUACCAUGGACCCCACAUGUCAUUGACUCAUGUGGACCCACAUGUAAGUGAGAUAGUAAUGGUAUGGAUCCAAAGUGGUGAUCUUUUAAUGGUAUGGAUCCAAAUUUCCCUAGAUUUAAUCUAUGUCUAGAUUGAUGAAUCUAUAUCUCACACUCACACCUAAUCCCAUAUGGGAGGAUUAAAUCCAUCAUUUAAUACAUAUAAAUCUCUUAAAGCUAGUUAUUUUUUUGAUUCAUGGAUUUUAAUAGAAACUUAUGCAAUAUCUUUAUGGAUUCGUUCCAUACCUAAGAGCAUCUUCAAGGGACUCUUUAUUUUCGGCUCUAUUUACUUUACACUCUAUGUGUAACAUCUCAAUCCAACAGACUAUCUAUUUAGUUUGGCUAGUCAGAGUGGCUAGCCAAGUUUAGCUAGUUAGAGAGUAUGAUAGCUUGACGAGUUAGAUGUCUAGUCUGUUAGAGAGUUACUUUGUUGUUAAGUAGCCAAAAUUCGCCUGGACGAGCCAUUUGACUAGUAGCCAUUUGACUAGUCUUUUGGAGAUGCUCUAAUGAGUUAGGGAUAGAAUCCAUACCUUCCAUAGUUUAAAAAAAAUUCAAACCCUUAAGUUAUAAUUUAUGAUGGGUUUAACCGAAUAAAAAAAUUUGAGUAUGCUAGGUUAUGGAUUGUGACAUGGAUUUAAUUCCAAUCCAUACUAAUCUAUACGUGGAUUGGUGUAAAUGAACAAGGCCUUAAAUGGUGCACAAGUAUUGAUCUACAGUUAGUAACUCGCUUAUAUCUUUUAUAUCUGGAUGAUCUAUCUGACUUCUGUUGACCUGAUUAUUGUACAAAGUAAUUCUCAACUCUUCCCUUCUGGUACAAAUUGUUUGAUCGAGUAUAAAAUAAAAUCUACCGUACCAUCUUUACCUAAAAUUGGCCGAUAAAUGGGCUAUGGGGUAAAUGUUAAUUGUUAAAAGAUAUAUUUAAAAAGUUUUUUGUCAUGCACGUUGUUGGUACUACUACUAUCUGGUCAGUUUACCAUGCUGACACUUAUAAAAAAAAUAUCAUGCUGACUGAAACAAAAAAAAUGCUUCUAAUAAAAGCUACUCCUACCCUACCAUAGAUGGGAAAAGAAGGCACCGAUCUCACAACCUCAUCCAUGGAGUAGAAGAUAUCGUUGGCGAGAAGCGUGAUCUCCUCCCUGCGCUCCUCUCAUUCGUUGCACUUGCAGGCAAUCAAACGGUACAGGUCAAUGUACAGGAAGCUGGCCUUUAGCUGGAGAUCCCUCAUGACCAGAUCCCAUAGGUCAUCAUCCAGAUCAGUCGUCAGAUCCUCCUCCAUGGACAGAAGCUCAAGCGCCGAGCUCUUGAUCCGGCAGACGCAUCCCCUCAACUCCAUCCCUUGAUCCUGGCAGUGCCUUCUGCAGCUCUGCUAUAUCUUCUGGCAGUUGCAGACGACAAAGCCACAAAGGAUCAGAAUCAACAAUGAUGUGGACGUAUUUUAUAGAAAGGCGAAAAGAGAAACGGAUUGUUGGAGGAUGUCUAGAAGCAAACAGAUGUCAGCAACACAGCAUGUGCAUCAGAAGAAGGUCCCUGCAUAGUGCAGCAGUGCAGAAGGUGGUCAAUGCAUGGGAGAUGAGACCUUUCUGAAUGUUGUUGGCUUUUCUUUAACAGAGAAAAGGGAAAUAGGAGGAAACGGGAAACCAAAUUUGGCCACCUUGCCUCUCUCCUUAGGCAUCCAGCAAGUAGGCAGCAGAAGAAAGUAUCAGGAAUUGCUCACAAGGAAAUUCAUGAAAUGUUUACAACCAAA